AUGGCUGAAUCUGACAACGAGUCAGGAGGUGGAAAAAAUGAAUUGUCAAUUUGCAGAGAGCAAGACAGGCUCCUUCCCAUAGCCAACGUGGGCAGGAUCAUGAAGAAGGUGUUGCCAGGCAACGCCAAGAUUUCCAAAGAAUCGAAAGAAACCAUGCAAGAGUGUGUGUCUGAGUUCAUCAGUUUCGUAACAGGAGAGGCUUCUGAUAAGUGUCAGAAAGAGAAAAGAAAGACCGUCAACGGGGAUGAUCUUCUGUGCGCCAUGACCUCACUUGGCUUUGAAGACUAUGCAGAGCCCCUCAAAGCUUACCUGCACAAGUACAGGGAGAUGGAAGGGGAAAAAACUGCUAUGAUAGGGAAGCACCAUGCUACUUCUGACCAUUAUGCAAAUCCACUGUAA